CGCCUUGGCCUUCGCUUUGCCUUCCAUCCAAACCCUCCGCCAAGAUACUCAUCCCACUCGCCGGCGCCUGCCUGACUUUGGUCGCUCUCUCUCUCCGAUCCUCACUCCUCCCCACAGCAUCCCCGCCCAGUCGCUCAAACCGCUCCUUCUUCAUCGACCACCUUCCAUCAUAGCCCCUCCGUCCCCCUCCCCCCCGCCUCCGAUACCAAACCCCUUUGGCGUCAUGUCGCUCACAAAGUCCCAGCAUCCCUACUCGCUCCCGUCCGUCUCGUCCCCAUCGGGGUCUCAGUUCCAUCAACGGCAUCCUCCGUCGGCUCAUAAAUCCGCCUCCUCAAAGCCCCAGGCCUCGCAGAGCGGCGACGAGUCCCCGGCCUCGUUGUCUGUUCCAAAGGCCUCCGUGGCCUCGCCUCAUCAGCAGCGCCGCAACAGAGUCCACAGCAGCCCGAGCCAGCUCCCUCCUCCGGCCCUGUCGGCUUCUUCCGACUCGGUGUCCAAGCCAGCAGCCUCCCAGGAUGCCUCGCCGGCCAAGACCCCGAGAAAGUCAAAGUCGUCCUCGCCCAAGGGCCAGAGCUUUAUCCAGGCGUCCGUCAACCCCAGCCACGUCGUAAAGCACCAGCCCCUCUCGGCCUCGGCCGACCUGCUGCAGCCGCCUGCUUUUGGUCGCAAGUCCAACUCCAAGCACAACCCCUCCCAACUCGCCUCCGCGGACUCGCCUGCCAAGCCGUCUGCCAAAACCUCUGCCGCCUCAUCCGCUGUGACGAACGCUGUCAACCCAAGCCCCCAACCCAAAUCCUCAAAGUCCAAGCCCGCCAGCGACUCGGUCUCCUCUCCCGAGAAGAAAAAGUCAAAGCCCCGCAGCAACCCUUCCCCUCAGCCCGAGGAGAAGGCCUACGCCAAGAAGCCCUCCUCUCCUGGUCAUCACAGGAAUCACGACUCGCGAGCCUCCCACUCGGACAGCGACCAGCAGUCCCUUUCGGACGACUCGUCCAGCAGCGGCAACGGCAGCAGCGGCAACAUCAAGUAUGCUGGCGCCAACUUUCAGAACUCGCCUGCUGCUCACAACUUGCCCAUCCCAAAGUUUGGCUCGCGCAAGUCCGAGUCUGGCUCCAGCCCAACCCCCAGCGACCGGCUCACCGGCCUCGCCGGCAGCCCGCGCAGCUUCACCGAAGGCACCAACACGUUCGUCGCCAGCGACCAUGCCCAAGUCUAUGCUCAGUCAGAGCGCCUUCACUCCCGCUCGUUUGAGAGCAUGUCCUACUACGAACAACACCUGGGCACCCCGAUUCCCUACAACAAGCACCACCACGCUCGAACCGAGCCCGUGGACAUGUUCAACAUGGACGAUGACCAUGACUCGCACCGGAUAUCCAACGAGGAGCUCCGCCAAAAAUCCAUCAACCUCCUAGCCCUUCUGACCCAGAGCUCCGCGCCAGCCCAUCCGCACUCCAUGGUCGACCAAGUGCCUGCUCUUGCUCCUGCUCCUGCUCCUGCUCUGCUGCGGCCCGGCUACGACGCCUACAUGGGCGUCCCUACGAUAUCGCCUUCGUUCUGUGGCCCUCAAUAUGUCCACGCGUCUGCCGCAAACGAGCACCAUUUGGCUCAGAUCAGUCGCAACCUCAAGGACAUGCUCCGCAUCAGCAGCUAAAUCCGGUGCUUUAGACAAGAUGCCACUACAUUUUUCUCGAUUUAUCACUCCCGCCCCCUUUUUUUUUGCCUUUAUAUUGCUCCCUUUUCCUCCUUUCCCUUUUACUCCAUCGCAGUUGCUUUCGUUUAAUGUAUCUCUCUCUCCUCUUUCUUUUGAUUUUGAUUGCAUCUUCAGAGGCGUGUGAGGAACGCUUUUCUCCCCUCAGCGCACUCGGUGGGCCUCGUGUCCACCUUGGAUCUGCAUCCGUCCUUCCGAGGCUCCGGACGCCGACCCUUCUUCUUCUUCCUUAUUGCCGCAUGCUACUGAUAUCUUCUCUAUUUAUGCCUUCUCGUUCUCCUCAUCGGCUGUCCUUCUUCCCCGCCGAUCCGCUUUUGCCGUCAUCGCGGCGCUUUCCCUUCUCACCAAUCCCAUCCUCCCUCACCAUCGACUCUCCAACAUCCUCUCCACCUCCAAUCUCCGCCUCGAUC